GCUCCGUGCCGUGGCUGCGUUCCCGGGGCUGUGCCCGGGUCCCGGCGGGCGGGCCAUGGCCGGUGCCCCUGCCCGGUACCUGGUGUUCUUUCAGUACUUUGGCACCAGGUACAGUGGGGUUAUGGAGACCAAGAGUGAUCAGGCCCUGGUUGGAGUCCAGAAUUAUUUGGAGAAGGCAGCCGAGCAGCUGAAGCCCAGCGCUCCCAUCAAGUUCCACAUCUCCAGCCGCACGGACAGCGGCGUCCACGCCCUGGCCAACGCCGCCCACCUGGACAUCCAGAGGGCCCCGGGCAGGGCGCCCUUCACUGGCCCCCAGCUGCUGCACGGCCUCAACCACUUCCUCAAACCCGAGCCUAUCCGCAUCCUCAGUGCCCAGCGGGUUUCCAGCACCUUCCAUGCCCGUUUCUGUGCCCUCUCCAGGACCUACGUCUACCGCCUGCUGCUGGGCUGUGCCCACCGCUCCCAAAUCCCCGUCUUCGAGCAGGAUCUGUGCUGGGCUCCCCCAGGAGGCCCCCUGGACAUCCCGGCCAUGAGGGCGGCAGCGCAGCUCCUGCUGGGCACCCACGAUUUCAGCACCUUCCGCUCCCCGCGCCCCGAGGCCGCGGCGCAGAGCCCCGUCAGGACCCUGCAGCUGCUGCAGCUCCAGCCCGGCCACGGCCUCCUGGGCCAGCACCACCUGCACAGGGGACUGGAGUUCUGGGAGGUGAAGGUGAAGAGCAAAUCCUUCCUGUACCGACAGGUGCGGAGGAUGGUGGGGGCCCUGGUGGCCGUGGGCCAGGGCAGGUUGGCCCCGGGGCAGCUGCAGCAGCUGCUGGAGCUCAGGGACCCCCGGGCGCUGCCCCCGCACGCCACGGCCCCGCCCGAGGGGCUCUUCCUGCACAGCGUGGAGUACAGCCCGACAGAUUUGGCCCCUCCAAGUGCCCCAGCAGAAGAGGAGCUCUGUGGACUGAGCCGAAAGGAAUUUAUAACAUAAAUUAUAAAUUGAAUUAAACAAUUAUAAAAAUUGUAACAUCUGUAUUGUCUGACCCUUCACAUAAAAGUUUUUAAAACACCUCUCAGUUACCCCAUUCCUAAAUUAUAAAAAUUCAUAUUCCAACACCUCUGCUUCC